GAAUCGUUUAGUUAGUUGAAAUGGGAUGGGACCCAAUCUGCUAUAGUCAGACAUUGAGCCACGUGUAAUCCAGCAAACUAUAGUUGUAUGCACGUCUACUUUGUUUCGAGCUUUCUCAACUCCGACGUGAUUUUUCUUUUCUUUAAAGAAAAAGAAAGAAGAAGAAGUUUAGUUAAGAGAAAGAUCUCUGUUACUUGCUAUCUAAACCAGUCCUGUAUAGUCCCAAAAACGAUUGGUUUUCCUUAUUUCUAGGGACACAUUACAUAACCAUAUCCGAAAAUCAUUCUUCCAUUCACAACCAAAUCUCAAAAUCAUAACAAAGUUUUCAUUUUUCCAUUAAUGCCCUUUUCAUUUUUCAUUCUCCGGUUUCUCUAAACAUGAUCAUCCAUUUUUAUUCAAUUUUUUUCGAACAUCUGAAAAGAAAACAAUAAAAUCCGGCGACCCGAAAUUCAGGUUGUGUGAAAAGUUUGGAACUUUCUGCCAUUAAACUUGAUUUGUUAAUGAGUUCGAGGAGUACCCAGAUUGAGCUAUUGAGGGAAACUCUUGUUUUCCCAGGAAAAUGCAGGAUUUCCCAUUUGGUUAAUAGUAAAAUAUUUGCAAGUCGAAGCCUCCAUUGACGAUUCUCAUACAAAUUCAGGUUCCCCUGUUUUUAAAACAUACGGUUUAUACCGUUAAGAUAUGGGUUGUAUUUGCUCAAAGGGAGCAUCGGAAAAGGAUGUAGCCGAAAAAUACGAGAAAGAAAAGGAAUUGGGUAAGGCAAAUCCGGUUCAACUGAUCGCUCCUCCAUCUCAAAAGAGAGAAAAUUUCUUGGUUGAAGUUAAGGCGGACGGUGGCUCUGUUCGUCCUUUAUCUAGAACAACAUCAAGAGCCAACACUUGUUCUCAUAUCUCAAAUGGCUCUAUUCACAGAAAGCCAAAGGAAGAAGACAACAGAGUUGUGGUGGUCGUUGAAGGACCCUCGGUUAGUAAAUCAUCAAAACCACAGGUGACUAGGAUAGCUAGUGUUGUUAAUGGAAGAAAUUCGAAUGAAGAGGCUGGUUGGCCGUCGUGGUUGACCUCCGUUGCCGGAGACGCCAUUAAAGGAUGGACACCUCGUAAAGCAGAGUCAUUUGAGAAGUUAGACAAAAUUGGACAAGGAACAUACAGCAGUGUCUAUAAAGCUCGAGACCUUGAAACUGGUAAAAUUGUUGCAUUAAAGAAAGUUAGAUUUGUUAAUAUGGAUCCAGAAAGUGUUCGUUUUAUGGCAAGAGAAAUCCAUAUAUUGAGGAGACUUGAUCAUCCAAACGUUAUGAAGCUUGAAGGUUUAGUCACUUCAAGAAUGUCAAGAAGCUUAUACCUUGUUUUUGAGUACAUGGAUCAUGAUCUUGCUGGGAUUGCAGCAACCCCAGGAAUCAAAUUUACUGAAUCUCAGAUAAAAUGUUACAUGCAACAAUUGCUUCGUGGACUUGAACACUGUCAUAGUCGUGGUGUUCUGCACCGUGACAUUAAAGGAUCCAAUAUUUUGAUUGACAACAAUGGAGUUUUAAAGAUUGGAGACUUUGGUUUGGCUACAUUUUAUGAUCAGAAUCAACCAAUGACUAGUCGUGUGGUGACUCUGUGGUACAGACCACCUGAGCUUCUUCUUGGUUCCACACAGUACGGACCAGCCAUUGAUUUGUGGAGUGUUGGUUGUAUUCUUGCAGAAAUGUUUGCAGGCAAACCAAUUAUGCCUGGCAGAACUGAGGUAGAGCAAAUGCAUAAGAUUUUCAAACUUUGUGGUUCACCAUCAGAAGAUUUCUGGCAAAAAACAAGGUUACCACAUGCUACUAGCUUCAAGCCUCAACAACCUUACAAGCGUCGUCUUCCCGAAACAUUCAAAGACUUCCCUUCUUAUGCAAUGCCUCUUGUUGAUAAACUACUCGCAAUCGAACCAAAAGAUCGUGGAACCGCUGCAACUUCACUUGCAAGUGAUUUCUUUACAACAGAGCCCCUUCCUUGUGAUCCAUCUAGUUUACCAAAGUAUCCCCCGAGCAAGGAGAUUGAUGUCAAGCUUCGCAAUGAGGAAGCAAGGAAGCGUAGAGCAGAUACGGUAAAAGGACGAGGUCCUGAAUCUGUUAGAAGGGGUUCAAGAGAUGCCAACCAAUUGCCAACACCAGAAUUCGAAGACGAACAAGACACUUCUUUGCAGAAACAUUCCAAUGCCAAAACCUCAUCAAGUCAUAAGUACAGCAGUACCCCAGAUGAUGGAGGAUCAGGUUUUCGAAUGGAACCACCAAGAGGAGAAAGACAGAAUAAUGGUUAUGCUCAUUCUAGUUCUAUGGUCCAUCCCAGUAGUAGUAGUAGUAGUAAUAAUGCUGAGCCAGGAUCAUCAAGGAGCAAGACAGUAGAUAAUUCUAUUAGGAAUAAAACAGACUUAAGAUCUCAAAAACCUUUGAUGUCACAACCCGAAUCGUCUAUGAUCUCUUCUGCUAAAAGGAGUGAAACUAUGCAUACAAAAGAAUCUGACAUGGGAUAUGUACAGAAGAAGAACAGAAUCCAUUACUCUGGACCUUUGGUUCCUCCAGGUGGGAAUUUAGAAGAUGUACUUAAAGAACACGAGAGACAAAUUCAACAAGCAGUACGUAAAGCUCGUCUUGACAAGGCUAGAACCAAUAAAGGCUAUGACAAUUACAGUUGAACAAGUGUUAUUGUUUUUUUUCUUGUUAAUAUAUUAACAAACAACACUCCAAUUCCAAAUAAUGGUGCUGUUGCCAAUUAAGAAGGACCAGCAAAAGGGCUGCAGCUGUUAGUACCAAUCGAGUCUCACCGGUAGACCUGAACAAGCAAGAAGAGAUGUAUCACCUCGGAGACCUGUCCUGACCUGACCAAGAUUGAACUGGUUAUGUAUAUUCAGAAAUGAAAACCAGUGGACAUAUUGUAAUAAUUCUCUCUUCAAGUGAAACCAUCCCACAGAUUAUAAUUUUCAAAGUGGACAUAUUUUGUUCUUUCCCUUAAUUGUUUGGUAGCUUGAGAUAUUCACUUUGUAUAGUGUAAAAAAAGAAAAAAAAAAAACAAGGCUGUUUCAUAUAACACAUUGUAAAUUAUCCAUUGGCUUUCUCCAGAUUCAUUAUGUUAGGAAGAUAUGAAAAAGAAAAAGAAAGUAUUAAACUGCUGUCUCUCUUGCACAAUUUAACUGAUUCAUUGCUUUGUAGAUGAUUGGAAACAUAAAUUUAUUGUAAAAGAAGGAUUUUUUUUUACAUGAUGCAUAAAUAAGUUCUCAGGGAUGAAAAUAAAGAAAAGAAACAAGAUCUACUAAU